AUGAUUGAUUUAAAUAAUAAUUCUAAUAAAAUGAAUUGUUUUGAUGGAAAUCAAGCAUUAAUACUUGUUCUAAAAUGUUUAUAAAAAUAAACAAUUGUCUAUUAAGCGUUUUUAUUGGAAUUUUUCAAAGAAAAAAAAACAUAUUAGGCAACGCCAUCAUCAUGUGAUGAUUCUCAUGACAUGUUUUUUUUAAUAUUAAUAAACAAAUAUAAAUUCAGUAAUCGAAUCUUGUAACUAAAUCAAAUGAUUUUGAGUUAGAUUUAAUAUGUUUUCUUUUUAUUUGAAUGAAUUCAUCGAAAAUACUUUUAUUAAAAUGAUCAACCAAGAAGAAAACAAUAUAUGUGAGUAUGAGUUAAUUGAUCAUGUUUGUUCGUUUAUUUUUUUUUCAUAAAAAUAUUUCAUCAGAAAUUCUUUCGAAAUGAAACUUACUAAUGUCGGCGCCAGAAUGAAAGAGGGGUGGGUGUAAAUUGAAUAACUCAACAACGGC